CGAAGUGCUAAAUGCUAAUCCAACAACACAACAGCUGCAGAGACUGAAAUCUGUAAUCUAGUGUGCAGAGAAGAAGAGAAAGAUCAACAAUGAAGGUAUUAGUAACCGGUGCUUCCGGUUUCCUCGGCGGUCACCUAUGCAAAUCACUGCUCGUUCAAGGGUGCUCCGUACGGGCGUUUGUACGCCCAACUAGUAACCUAAAUUCACUUCCUUCAAUCACUGACAACGCCGGACUUGAACUCGCAUACGGUGAUGUUACCGACUAUCCAUCUUUACUUGCGGCAUGUUCCGGUUGUCAAAUCAUCUUUCAUGCUGCUGCUUUAGUUGAACCUUGGCUUCCUGAUCCAUCUAAAUUCUUUUCUGUUAAUGUUGAAGGUCUUAAGAAUGUUUUGGAGGCAUUUAGAGAAAUUAAAACAGUUGAGAAGAUAAUUUAUACAUCUUCUUUCUUUGCUCUUGGUUCUACUCCUGAUGGACUCGUUGCAAAUGAGACUCAAGUUCAUAAUGAGAAGUUCUUUUGCACGGAGUAUGAGAGAUCAAAAGCGAUUGCGGAUAAAAUUGCAGUGAAAGCUGCUUCUGAUGGGUUACCUAUUGUGAUUUUAUACCCUGGUGUAAUCUAUGGGUCUGGGAAACUCACUGCAGGAAAUGUUGUUGCUCAUUUGUUGAUUGAGCGCUUCAAUUGGCGGUUACCUGGUUAUAUUGGAAAUGGAAAUGAUAAAUACUCCUUCAGUCAUGUUGAUGACGUGGUAAAUGGGCACAUAGCAGCAAUGCAAGAAGGUCGAAUCGGUGAAAGAUACUUGCUUACAGGAGAAAAUGCUUCAUUCAAAGAUGUUUUCAAUCUUGCCUCUUCCAUCACAAGAACACAAAGACCUUGGUUUCAUAUCCCUUUUUGGGCUUUGGAGGCUUAUGGAUUAUUGUCGGUACUCGUUGCUAGAAUAAUUGGGAAGCUCCCUCUUCUCAGUCCCCCGACUGUCUGUGUUCUGAGACAUCAAUGGGCAUUUUCCUGCGAGAAGGCCAAGAUGGAGUUAGGUUAUAACCCUAGGAGCUUGAAGGAGGGUCUAGAGGAGAUGCUUCCUUGGUUGAAGAGCUCGGGUUCGAUAAAUUACUAAAUUUACAGUCACAACUCUUUCUUUAGGUAUGACUGGACCUUUUGCCUUUCUUUUUUGGUUGACAUGGUUUCGAUCUAGGAAUAAGUGUUACCAUUAUAUUUGAAGUGUAAACUAAAUUCUUCGGUCACAUCAUUUGGGUCUUUCUCCUUCAAGACCAUAUAAGGCUAAUGUUAAAGAGUUUGUGACCUGGGUUUAAAAGCUGUUUUCGUAACCGGUCUUCUGGGUGUAUGAUGACUAAGAAGGUUCCUGAUCUCAUCCGACAUAGUCGGCAUACAUAAUUUACGAUGCCUUCUUUCCAAGUACUUGAUUAUUGUUGUUGACAAUCUUCUCCCACACUACUAUUAGGGUCUAAUGAUCUAUUGUGAAUUGUAAAAUCUGUCUGCUGAGUGGCUAUGGAGCACGUACACAAGUCAUGGUUGGAUGAUUCCAUCAUCUACGUGCACAAGUCAUGUCUUUUUCCUUUUUCUAUUUCUUUUCUAAAACCUUGUUCUCCUGUAGAAUUUAUAUCUAAAAUCUGAAAAUUCAAGUU